AUGGCCAGAGAGGAUCUGGCGAGGGGAGAGGAAGGAGAGAGGAGAGAAAGAUCGGCAGUAGACUCGUCGGCGGGGCCCGCCGAGAUGCCAUCAGCUGGCCAGAGCCGAUGCGAUGGUGAAGCAGGGCGCAACAGCGGCCCCUUGGCCAGAUCCCUCGACGGCCGUCUCAGCAUCAACCAACAAUGGCUGCGCAAACCCGACCUGGAGCCGGGAAAUUUCGGUGUCCAGAUCAGAUCAGAAGAGAAUGACGCCGUAAUGUCGCCUACGAAGCCUGUUGCGGAUGCCUUGUGA